AGGGCGGCGACGGGGCUUCCUCGGCUGGGUGAGCGGCGCCGUCGGAACUGCCCGCUGCCGGGCGGGAUGGGGAGGCAGGAGGCGUCGCCCUUCUCGACGAUCGCGGGGCAGCCCGUCCGCGGCGAUGCUGGUUGCGGAUCGGGGCAGUGCCCGAACUCCGCCGGGCAUCUGAGCGGCGAGGUUGUGCUCGCUUGGUCGCCCCCCCGCCAUGUAGAUGCCGGGAAGCGGCGAGGCUGGUCGAGUGGAAGCAUAUUCGGAGCAGGCUUUAAUUCGAUCGAGCCAGCCUGGAAUUGGGGAGCCCCUCGGCCUUCGCCCAAGACACGCGUGCUUACUGUCGUGGGGAUGUUGCUGCGCGCCCCUUACGGCGAGCGGUGUGCGGGAGGCUCUGGCGGCGUUCGCACGUGUAUCUUUGCCCCCCGGCAUCCUCCCCCCUCCCCGCACGCCCCGCAGCACCGCCGGCGUUACAAAUUUGUAAGGUAAUGGCAGCGUGUAAUUAUUUGCUUUGUCGGAGGCUCGACACGGAGUGUUGUUGUGUGUCCCGAGGGCAGAGAACGUUUAAAUCGGGGAGUUUACAAGAGGGAGGAAUUCGGCGCGUGUUGCGGGAGCGGGAGCAGGCGAAGCGGACGGGAUUCGCGGCCGUGGAUGGGGUGCGCGUUGGUCUUUGAAAACAAGAGUACUUCUGGAGAAGUACUUAAGAAACGAAACGAUUUAAAUCGGAGCGCUUUGAGCUUCAGAGAAUCCGCGUGUUACUCACUGCUGAAGACCAUCUGAUGCAAAGCUGCAUUGUUAGCAGUGGGAAAGAAGAAGGAAUUGGAAACUAGAGACAAUCCAGCUUUUGAAAUGGAAAUUCAGUUUGUGCUGCUUUUUGUGGGCGUUCUUGUGUUUGCUGAUUCUGUGAGAGGCCCACCCAGAAUUUCCGAUAAAGUGAUCCAUCGGCAAUCUGUGAGAUUAGGAAGAACCAUCAAGCUCCUUUGCCCCGUGGAAGGUGACCCCCCACCUCUUACUAUGUGGAUGAAAGAUGGAAGAACCAUCCACAGCGGUUGGACGCGGUUCAGGGUCCUCCAACAGGGGUUGAAAAUCAAAGAAGUGGAAAGCGAGGAUGCAGGAACAUACAUCUGCAAAGCCACCAAUGGUUUUGGUAGCAUGAAUGUGAACUACACCCUGAUUGUGAUUGAUGAUGCAAGUUCGGGAAGAGAGAGUCUAGCACCUGAAGUUCCCAAUAGUGAAUCUGAAGACCAUUCUGGGAAGCUCUGGGCUCGCCCUCGGUUCACUCAGCCGGCCAAAAUGAGGAGGAGAGUGAUUGCCCGACCCGUCGGGAGUUCGGUCCGCUUGAAAUGCAUGGCUAGCGGGAAUCCUCGACCUGACAUCAGCUGGCUAAAAGACAACAAGCCUCUUAUGCCGCAGGUGAUGGGCGAGAACAAAAGGAAGAAGUGGACGCUGAAUUUGAAGAACCUGAAGCCAGAGGACAGCGGGAAGUACACCUGCCGAGUAUUCAACAGAAUUGGGGAAAUCAAUGCUACCUACAAAGUUGAAGUGAUACAGAGAACAAGAUCCAAGCCCAUUCUUACCGGGACACAUCCUGUGAACACAACGGUAGACUAUGGGGGGACAACCUCAUUUCAGUGUAAGGUGAGGAGUGACGUCAAGCCUGUCAUUCAGUGGCUGAAGAGAGUGGAGUAUGGCACUGAGAACAAAUACAAUUCCACCAUCGAUGUCGGGGGGCAGAAGUUUGUGGUGCUGCCUACGGGAGAGGUCUGGUCCCGUCCUGAUGGCUCCUACCUGAACAAGCUCAUGAUCACAAGGGCUAAGGAAGAGGAUGCUGGGAUGUACAUCUGCCUAGGGGCAAACACCAUGGGAUACAGCUUCCGAAGCGCCUUUCUCACAGUGCUACCAGAUCCUAAGCCCGCCAGCCCACCGGUGGCUCCUUCUGCCAGCAGCCUCCCAUGGCCUGUGAUCAUUGGAAUCCCAGCUGGAGCUGUCUUCAUCUUUGGGACGAUCCUCCUGUGGCUCUGCCAGACCAAGAAGAAGCCAUGCUCUCCUCCCGCGGCAGCCCCCAUGCACAGGCCGCACCCCCGGGACCGGGUCUGUGUGCCGCAGGUCCCCGACAAAGACUGCAUCUCCUCCAUAAACUACGAGGAAUAUGUAGGGGCUCAGCAGCAGCAGCAGCAACAGCAGCAGCAGCUGCUGAGCCAAGGGUCUGCCCUGGCCCCAAACAUGGCUUCCAAAAUGUACCCAAAGAUUUACACGGACAUCCACACUCAUACACAUUCACACAUUGAAGGCAAAGUUCACCAGCACCAGCACAUUCAUUACCAAUGCUGAAAGACUACGCGGAGUUUAUCCAGCGGUACACUCUAUGCAGACUUCUUUGAGUCAGCUUAUACCGGAAAGGUGGGGGUAAAGAAACCAAAUUGAACAAAACCAUUUAUUCCAAAAAGAAGAAGAAGAAGAAGCAAUUUUGGAGAGAAAUGCGGAGAAAGGGUUUUGUUGCUGCUGCUGCUGUUGCCGUUUGUUGUUGCUGUGACAAAGGAAUAAUGAAGGAAUUCCCAAAGGUCAACGGCAGUUGCUUGUGUCCCUGGAAAAUGGGAAACUCCUGUUGCAAAAGCCAGAGGAAGAAGGGAAAGGAAGCUGGGCCUGAUCCUGAAUGCUCACCCCCAACCUCGGUCACUGCUUCUGCCCUUCAGCCACCCGUGGAAGCCCAAGGCCAGCGUGGCUCCUUCCUUUGGCACACGCAGAGAGGGCCCGACAGCAAAGCAGAACUUAGACACGGAAGCGUUUGAGUGACGGUGCAAAAGACGAGAAAGGCCACUGUGGCAGUAUCCGGGGGAGAGAUAUUUCUAUUUAAAGUUGUGUAAUGCUGCCUGGUAGUUAGCAAUGAACAAGCUAGUUGUGAAUGGGUGACACUCUUUGGCCGGGGGGGGGGGCUUCCUUUUAAAGGACUUGGCUCCCCUCGCCCUCAAUUGCCACAAAAACAAAGGACAAUGUUGUACAACUCGCUAUAUUUAUAUUUAAUUAUAAUAAGGAUAAUCAUGAUUGAACUGCUGGUUUUUGUGAACACGAAAGAAAAGAAGAAACGCAAUCCCAUUACGCUGCCCUCGUCUGCGAUCGUCAGAUUUUUCAAGAUUUAUAGUGGCGUGCCUCUGAGCUGACAAGUGAUAAUACAAAACAAGUUAAAGAGGGUUCUUAAAAGAAGAAUAAAAAUUAACUCCAGGGAAUUCUGAAUAUGCUGAAUAUGCACUUGUGGACAUUGGGGGGGAAUGGGGGGUCGUUUUGUUAUUUAAUUCAUUUCAGUUUGGGGUGGGGUGGGGAUACAGCAAAAUUGGACCAUAUUUUCCAAUGAUCUAAACCUUUUAAAAUCUAUAUAGAGUUUUAACAGAAGACAUGUAUAUUUAAUUUAUUUUUUAAAAGAAAGAAAAAUGUAUGAUAUUUGUCUCAAAAACAGGCAUUUCUAUACAUAUUUUUGAUCAAAAAAAUAAAGAUUUUUUUCCCCAGGUUGUUAUAGAUGCUAGGUUCUCAAAUAUACAAGAAAGAUAGCUUUUAACAGUACUUUAUUUAGGAUCUUGAAUGUCAUAUAUUUGUUUGGUUUGUUACAAUAGCUGUCUGCUCCUCUUCUUUUCUAGGAUCCUCUCCUGUGUUUCUUUCUGUUCUCAAGAUUGUUCAGCAAAUCUUGUUCUUUGCAAAAAGAAAUCACAGAUUAUUUUCCAACAAGAAGGGACCUUAAACAAAUAGCACUAUGAUUUAAUACCAGGCUGAGCAAUUCAGCCUGGAAGAAAUAUAUCAGCUGAUGCUUAUUGAGUUCACUAAUGAAACUGCCAAAAAUCAAAUAGGCAACAGUGGUUAAGUUUAUUUCUGAAGAAGAGCUUACAUUUAAGAUCCCGCCCCCUGCAUGGAUAGUAUUUCCAGAAGACCCUUUUUUGCACAAUAAGUGUGCAGUCGUUACUCACGUGAUGCAGAGAAUCCAUCCAGUCUCCUUCUCAGAGAAGCAAAUCGGUUGUCUAAACAGUGCAUUUUUCUAAGAUUCAAACAAUGCAACAUUUAUUUAUUUUUAAUUGCUGGGGAAAUGCAGUUCCCUCCACGUGAGAUUCAUUUGUGUGUGCCAGGUGAAAUGUCAGGCCCCCCUCCCUCAAUGCCACCAGCGGCACAACUCCCUCACUUAGGUCUGUAGCAUGUUGUGACCUCUUUUAGGGUUAUUUUUAAACAGUCGUCAGAAGCUCUGUGCUCCCUUGCUGCGUGAUUCUGUCACGCAGGUAAUACUGUAGCUUCAGAUAAAACGAAUGCAAAAUGGUGAGGGACAACAGCCAAGCUACACCAGCGCCACCACACUAGAUGUGCACAUGCGCUUUUCAUCUCAGUUUCAGGGCCUGUGCAGAAACCCAUCAGUAACAUUGGUGUUCUAUGGGAAGUGGGUCGAAAAAUGGAACAAAAACCACAGUACUUUGCCAUCCUCCUCGCAUGACGGAUGAUAGAACACAAACUGACGCGUGAUGGAAGGACAACCUUUUCCAUUCACAGCCUGUAUUAUCCAGGCCUCUGUUCUUUUUUUACCAUUAUCGGUGUGUAAAUUUUUUUUGCCUGUGUAUUAGCUCAUGGUUUGAAGAAUCAGGCCUUUCUUAAUUAUUGCCGAGGGAUGUUCAUGUACCUCCACGUUAUCUGCAAUAGGCACAGUCUAAAUUUGAGUGGGAUAUAAAUUUUUAUAAAUAAAUAAAUAUAAAUUAUAAGCAUGUUUAAUGUGUUUAAAUCCCAUUAAAUUCAGAGGAGCGUAUCCCCACGUAGAUGCUGGCUGCCCCAACUUACUUGCCACAAACCUUACAAAUUCUUUGCUUACCUGGAUUGCUCAACAGUCUCGGCGAGACUGCCAAAUACAUCGGACAUGGUCGCUCCCAUUUAAUUCUGAAUCUCCUCCUUAGCUUUUCUGGAUACCUGAAUACCCAGGAUCACUAGAUCUGGUACCAAUAUCUGGGUACCUAUAUCUUGGAGCACACUUCAGAACACCGAUGCACUGACGUCUCUCUCAUUCAUUUCAAUGGAGCUUACACAAAAUUGUGCCCAAGGUUUUUUUUGUUUACAUCAUGGCUUGGGGUUGUCACUGAAGACGUUCUAUGGAUUACAAAAUGGCGGUGUCAAUUUGCAGAAAUCAAUUGCGCUUCUACACGAGCAAAGGGUACAUGCUAUGAAUCAAAGGUGAAGCCACAAUUGAAUUUUGGCCAGGUAGGUUUGGUCUGUCUGUCGCCCAUAUUGUAGCUGCACACCUCAGGUUGACACAGCGAAAUAUCUACUGAGCAUAUGUUUUCUAUUCCUAAAGUGCCACAGCUGUUAUUGGAAACAUUUCUACUACAAAUGCAAUAAACUCUUCUGCUUUGAUGGUUGUGUGUGAGAGAGACAGAAGCUACAGACAGCCUCCUCCCAUCUUAAGCACAAGCUCUUCUCCCAGCACCAGUGGGAGCGGGGAGGGGGAUGUCUCCAGCGGGGAAUCAGGAAGUAGAGGGCAUGGCUCAGGCAGAGUAGAAGAGCCACUGCUCCACCUAGGAAAGGAAAGGGGAAGCAGGGGAAGCGCAGCAAGAAGACCGCUCCCGCCGACCAUAGCUGCCAAGUUAUCCCUUUUUUACAGGGAUUUUCCCUUAUGCUGAAUAGGCUUCCUCGCGAGAAAAGGGGAAACUUGGCAGCUAUGCCGCCGACUCCAGAAUUGCGCAAGAAACGACGGGGGCGGAGAUUCAGUAUUCCCAGACUACUUUGCUGGAAAAAGACGCGCGAAUCUCCAUUCGGAGGUUCUGACCUAGACUGACAACAUGUACAUAGUACUGACUCUGCACUGAAAAUAGUGUGCACUUAAUAAAAGCAUGAAAAUGCAACGCUGUGAGGAGUUGUUACUCUAGAGUAGCCGCUACCGCACCUGUGACAGUGUGUUAACAUGAACACCAUAAAGGUUUUGUGAGAAGAAGAAUUCGGGGUGAGUCUUACGGGUGCCACCUGCCCCUGAUAAUCUGGCAGAGGCCUUUUGAAGGCAGGUGUUUUCCAAUGCAAAUUAUGUAUGUAUGUAUUCAUUUUGAUUUAUUGGUCAUUGACAUAAUUUCAGCAGCUGUAAGCAGCAACUCGUCCGUGUGCCUGCUGGGAUAGUGAAUACAGCCUUGAUUCUGUGUGUGCUUAUUCAAAUAAGUUCCACCAUUCAAUCGCCCAUUCUCAAAGGCGAGUGCUAAUGAAAUCUAGGUGAAUUUUACUUGCGUGGGAUGGAGGCUUAUGUGCCAGUCUCGAGCACAGUUUCUGUUCCUAGCAAGUACAUCGCACUGAACUGUUAGGAUUGCACAUAGAAUUACUGCAAAUAGUUGACUCCUCCACACUUUCAGGUGUAUGUUGCCUCUAUGUGGCUAUGGACAGCAGGGAAUAUGACCUCAGUAUCCACUAAUCCUAUUGAAUUUUAAAAAGCAGAAUGUGGCUGCAAACUCGCCAUUCUUUGAAAGCACAUAACUUCCCCCCCCCCCAAAUAAUAUUGUUAAGAGUGCUGGGGAUUUAGCUAUGCUUUGGAUAAAUUACAGUUCCCAGGAUUAUUUGUAGUGUAUAUGCAGCCUGUGUUCUACCAAAUUUUGAUCUGCAUUUUCCUGAUCUAAUUAUGCAGGACAACAGACUGUGACUUCACUUGUUUUAACAAAAAUAGUAUUGUUCAGGCCAAGGGUUCUGCUAAAAGUUACCAGAAUCUCUUAAUGGAUAUAGGAGCUUCAGCUAUAUGGCGAACCACAGUCACAGAAGUGGCAUUAGUGUAGCCAAAAUGCUCAGCCGAAACAAAAAUCGCUUGUCAAUGUGACCUGUGAACUUGGCCUCAAAUGCCAAAAGUUCAAGGUGUUUCUAAACUGCCCGCCCCCCUGUCCUGUAUUUCUCAGCCUUCUCAAGGUGAGAACUUUAUCAAAAUAUUGCAGUUUUUCAAAGUGUGAAAUUGGUAAUCAAGUUGUGAAGUGGUAUGAAAGAUGGGGAAAAUGAGGAUUUUGGCAUAAACUUGAAGAUUCCGUUUAAAAAACUCAUCUUUAAUCAUCAUCAUCAUCAUCAAAUGUAACAUAUUUACACCCAAAGAGGAUAUUCAGUAUGCCACAGAUUGUCAGAGAUGCAGCCUUUGUCGGUUCUAAUUAAGGCCAUUUGUGAAAAUUGCCAAUCAGUGAGAGAGAUCAUGGCCAGGAAAAGCUUUGUGACACCGGUGCUGUUACUAAUGUGUGGAUUCCGUGAAGCAAUACAUUUCCUGCCAUAUGCAGAAUCGGAAUCCAUGGGUUCAGAACGAGGUGGUUUAGGAGGGGCGAGAAAAGGGGCCUUUGGUGCUUUUCCAUUGACAAAAUGGGUGAAUUCCCUGUAGGAGGAACUCUGGCCACACCAGAGCUGCCUUUAUGAAUGGGCUGGCAGUGUGAAGGAAAAGGUUGCCAGGUGAGCAGAGCAAUCAUCCUUUCCGCACUGCUACCUUAAAUCACUUUGUGUACAGGCUCUCAGCUCACUUGAACACAGAUGUUGAAAGGGUUUUUCCCUCCUCUGGUGCUUUAAACUUCAGAACCAGAGAGUAUUAAAUAUCACUUCAGGAAGGACUUGGGUGACACUUGCUUCCAGCCAUUCAAUUCAAAAGCUAUGCUGAAAUGUUACAACGCACUUCGAUAAAUUCAUACAUUUCUUCCGCCAUCACAACGCUUCUUAGUUCAGUUUUAUUUUAAUUGGGGGUUGAUCUACAGACCAGCAUAUACCCUCCCAUGUGGCUUUUUGUCACAUUAAUCACAUUUCCAUCAAUCGCUUUCAUAUUAAAGCAAUCUGAAGAUCCACUUAACAAGAGUCGUAAGUAAAAAUGGCAGCUCGGGUUGUUUUCCAGUUCAUUAAAAGUUGUAGUCAUAAAAAGCCAAUGCUUUGCCAUAUGUCAUAUUGACGUUUUUAUGGUGGUUUUAUUGCCGCUGGCUCGUUUCCAUGCUAAAGAGCAAUACCUUUGUAACACUGCCUGCUUAGCAUGGUAUGAUUAUCAUAUUCCAUUGCCCACAUUUUGUACACCGGUCGUUGGUUUUUUGCUCAGAAGAGCAUGUAUUUGAAUAGUUAACUGCUGAAUAAAUAGUUAAUGGUGCUGUUCUACACUCACCAGGUAAUCGAUGGAUGGCGUUGGGUUGAGAUGAAAGACUGCUGAUGUCACCAGAAAGCAAAUCCACCAUCUCUGAAAACAUCAGAGAUGCCUCCAUUCUCUGUGUAAAGGUCAGCUAAGAUGCUCCUUUAGCAAAGGUCUCCCCACAGUUGCACCCCUAAACAGGAGGGUAGAAUUCUGGAAGGGGCAUGGGUAGUCUGGGGGGAGGAACAUCAUCAUCAGAAGCCACACAUCUGACUGGGUUUCCCCAACCACUCUGGGCAGCUUACAACAGAUUAAGCACAGUAAAACAUCAAGCAUUAAAAACUUCCCUAUACAGGGCUGCCUUCGGAUGUCUUCUAAGAGUCAGUUGUUCAUUUCCUUGCCAUCUGACUGGAGGGCAUUCUACAGGGUGGGUACCACUAUGGAGAAGACCCUUUGCCUGACAGGAGGGCAUUCUACAGGGUGGGUACCACUAUGGAGAAGACCCUUUGCCUGGUUCCCUGUAACCUCACUUCUCAAAAUGAGGGAACUGCCAGAAGGCCCUCAGAGCUGGACCUCGGCAUCCAGGCUGAAUGAUGGGGGUGGAGACACACUUUCACGUGUACAGGGCUGGGGUUGUUUAGGGCUUUGAAGCUCAGCACCAACACGUUAAAUUGUGCUCAGAAACGGUGUAGCCUUCAUUGAAUCCCAACUCCCCCAUUUCUCAAACGGCCCCACAAAUACAGGAAAUCUACACCAGGACAAGACAGGGCAUAAGUAACUCCCCCUCCCUUUUUAAGUCCAGUGGAGAGGGAAAGGAUUGCUCUCCACUUUUUGUUGUACCCCUUCCAAGCUGGGGCUGGAUUGAAUGCAGUGGGCAUUAAUGCAAAUAUCACUAUGAGCAUUGAAUUGCUCUCCUCUCCCUGCCUCCAGCUUUGUGUCCAUUAGAAUCUGCCUACCACCAAGUCAGACCACUGAUGGAUGUAGGCCGCUUGGUCUACUGCAGAAGUGACUCCAUGAUCUCUCAUGCUGCCUGAGAUGCUUUUAACUAUGAAGCAUCCUCUGCUGCUGUGUUCUGGCCCCCAUGUUUUUGAGAUCAAGCCUUAUUGAGCAAACUCGAGUAAAAAUGCAAAGGAUUGGGCUGCUCAGGUUGUCUUCCAUAAACACAGUUUUAACAAUGGUUCCGUAAGUGACUGUGGAGGCCAAUUCUGGAUCCACACAUCCUUCCACAGUGGGGAUAUUGGUUUCCAGGCGGGAGUUCAUCACAGUGUGGAUUUGCCAAUCAUGCCUUCCUCUUAGCACGUUUCUCCCUUGCGUCCUGAGAUCGAGUUUCUUCAAAGCCCAUGACGCCUUUGGUAAAGGCUGUUCUCCAAUUGGAGCGCUCGCAGGCCAGUGUUUCCCAGUUGUCAGUGUUUAUGCUACACUAUUAGUAGCUUCAAACUGUUGAAUAAAUGCUUGCAUUGAAGUUUACAUAGACAUAAUUUAUUUAAACAUACCUAUUUAAAUAUUAAGCUUUCCCAUUUCAAGUAUUGUCUCCAACAGCACUGAUAAUCGGGGAGGCUCUGCUACAUCUCCCUAAACAGAUGCUGAGCUCUGUUGUUGAAAUGGGGGCGGGGCAGGGUGUCCCAUUGCUUCCCGAGGAAGCCUCCCUUACCUGGGUCACGUGGCACUGCCUGCAAAGCAGUGGUGGUGAUAGCAGGUUCUGAUGAGCUCUCGUGAGAUUUUGCUGAGAUUUAAUGAGAUUUUGCUGGAAGCCACUGCCAGUGGCAGAGGCAGCGUGCAGAGAAGCCCCUACUGCUUCUCU